UUUUUUUUGUUGACAACGAGACACCGCCCAUUCGUUUCUCGACGCCAGGCCUCAAGAUGCGAAGUGCAUCGCUGCGGCAGCUCAGGCUGCUGCAAGGCCCUUCUGGUGUUCCCUUCUCGAGGCAAUUGAGCACAUGGGUGUCUCCUCGGCCGUCCUCGUUGAGUGCCGUGGGCGCUGUGAGGACUUGCAUGUGGCCAUGCAGGCCGGGCCGAGCAGGCGAUGUCGGACUGACAAGGGCCACCACACAGCCUCAAUUGGGCUCAGGACGGCGCCAGCAAUUGAGCACGACUUCGAUUCGGAUGGGAAAAGCAGCUGGUCGGGAUGAAGAGACUGGCACUUACAGCGAGGCGGACCACGAACAUGCUGUCAUCUCGACGUUCGACUUGUUCUCCAUCGGCAUUGGCCCGUCCUCGUCGCAUACCGUCGGCCCAAUGCGGGCUGGCAACAUUUUCGUGACGGACCUUCUCGAGGCAGGCCUCUUGCACAAAGUCCACAAGAUUCGGAUAUCCAUCUAUGGCAGCCUGGCUCUCACCGGCGAGGGCCACAUGACUCCAUCGGCCUUGAUCCUGGGCCUCGAGAGUGCCGAUGUGGAAACAGUCGACACGGCCUAUGUGCCUGCUCGGUUCGCCGAGAUCAAGGCCACCAAGAAGCUGUUCCUAGGCCAAGGUCUCCCCUCGGGAAAGGGUAAAGAGAUCGACUUCGACUAUGAUAGGGAAUUUGUUUGGGAGUGGGGAAAGAAGCUGCCCAUGCACAGCAACGGCAUGCGUUUCAUGGUUUUUGACGAGCAGGGUGACAUGCUGGCUACCAACGAUCUCUUCAGCGUCGGUGGUGGCUUCGUCGUCAACGGUGCUCUGUCGACUUCGGCAUCUCAGAGGGCGGCGUCGAUCGCCAUGGAUCAGGAGCCCGAGCCUCCGUUGACCGGACAUCCCAAGGACUUGGGAGAAAACUUGUUCUACAAAGAGAUCAGGCGAUCCGAUGCGGCUGGGGAUCGAAGGAGUGGUAUCGAGGUGAAGCCAAAAGAUGGCGAUGCGAUGCUCCUUGAGGCGGGCCACGGCGAGAGCGGAGCAGUCGUGGUCUCUGCUGUUGGAGAUGCACAACCCGUUGCUGAGCCGGAGGACGACACGAGGAGCACCGCACAACCACGAUAUCCGUUCCGAGAUGCGACCAGUCUACUGGCCCUCUGCCACAAGCACAACCUCACCAUUGCGCAGCUCGUAUACGAAAACGAAAAGAGUCAGGGCUAUACCGACGAGGAGAUAUACACCAAGGUCAUGCGCAUCUGGGAAGUCAUGGACAACAGCAUCCUCGAAGGCGUGCAGCAGUCCCAGGACACCACGCUCCCAGGAUCCCUGAAGCUGCAUCGGCGCGCACCGUCCCUGUACAAACGACUCACCCGGGGUCUGUACCCGGCGAGCGCACACAAGACCGUCACUGCCACCGAGACCCCCGAACCGAGCCAACUGACGGGCCCCGGGUCCACGAGCCUCUCGCCGGCCGCAACAACAACCCCAUCGAAGGUUGCCAAGAUCACCAAGCGCGGCCCACCCCGCGUCCACGGCUCCUUCAGCCACCCAGUCAUGCCGUCGCCGCUGCGGCGGACAGAGUUCCCAGCGAUGGACUACCUCGCCGUCUACGCGAUAGCCGUGAACGAGACCAACGCCGCGGGCGGCCGCAUCGUGACGGCCCCGACCAACGGCGCCGCGGGGAUCAUCCCGGCCGUGCUCAAGUACACGGUCGAGUUCAUCAGCGACGACCCGGAGCGCGACAUCAUGACCUUCCUGCUGACCUCGGCGGCCAUCGGCAUGCUCUACAAGCGGGGCGCGACCAUCUCCGCCGCCGAGGGCGGGUGCAUGGCCGAGGUGGGCGUCGCCUGCUCCAUGGCCGCGGGCGCCUUCGCCGCGUGCAUGGGCGCCAGCCCCGAGACGAUCGAGCAGGCCGCCGAGAUCGGCAUCGAGCACAACCUCGGGCUGACGUGCGACCCCAUCGGCGGGCUGGUGCAGGCGCCCUGCAUCGAGCGCAACGCCCUCGGCGCCAUCAAGGCCAUCUCCAGCGCCAACCUCGCCCUCAGCAGCAACGGGACCGCCAAGGUGCGGCUCGACGAUGCCAUCCGCGCCAUGAGGGUGACUGCCCAGGGCAUGCGGAACGAGUUCAAGGAGACUAGUCUUAGUGGUCUUGCUACGAGUGUGCCGUUCAACAUCCCGGUCAGCGUCCCUGACUGUUGAGCUGCUGUGACGGGGCAGGAUAGACAUGUUAUGUGUUGCCACACGUUCAGGUUCGAGUAACUAGAUGCGAGGGCAUGGGGAUCAGGGUGUGUACGGGUAUCUUUUACUCUGGCGUUCUCAUACAGGAUGACUUUAAAAGCAUUUUGCCAUCUAUAGAUAGGUCGAAAAGGCAGUCCUUACGGUUGGUUCUACGAACUCUCUCUCCAGCGUGUGUUCAUCGUCAAAGAAAAGAGUCCAACACUACAGUAGUUUGAGGGUUGAGGUAUCAUUGUUAUGUUGUUCUAGUCAUCUUAUGACAAGCAGAUGGCGAAUGCAGUAUUUGGGACUACAGCCAGCAGCAUAAAGGCUUGACGGAGUACAAAAGAGC